CCAUUUAAAGCGUCCUUCCUUAACCUGAUCGGAUCAGACAAACAACAAGCGCAAGGGACUCUGUGGGCUUACUGGAACAAUCUGACUUCUUCCAGUUAUCAUGAUUCGACUGGCCCGGUCAUCAUUGGUGUUAUUUUUGUUUGGGAUUCAGGCUAUUGUUGUGGUAAGAACUCAUCUGUUGCGACAUAAAAGAGAGUGGGUUCUUCCUCCAGUACCUUUGACGGAAAAUCAAGACUACACUCAAAAGGAAUUUAUUGCCAAGAUCCGAUCAGACCGACAGAUUGGAACAAAUGUUAUUUACUCCUUAGAGGGUGUCGGGGCAAACCAGCAUCCUUUUCAUGUGUUCGUGGUUGACCCUCUUAAUGGAAAUGUUCGAGUGACCAGAAAGCUUGACAGGGAGGAGAUUCCCUUAUACAAACUUGCUGGUUUUGCUAAAUUCCCAAAUGGCACUGAAGCAGAGGCAAAAAUUGACCUGCAAAUUAAGGUCGUAGAUGAGAAUGACAACGCUCCGACAUUUGAGUCAUCGGUGCUGACAGCUGAGGUGGACGAGCUUAGUCCUAAAGGGACUUCAGUUAUCACAAUUAGUGCCACUGAUAAAGAUGAUAACACGACGGAUCAUGCUAAGAUCGCCUACGUCAUCAAACACCAGGAACCUCGUGAUUAUUUCACCAUGACCAAAGAUGGCACAAUCUCUGUCAACAAUGUCUUGGACAGAGAAAAAGAUAAAUCAGUCCUGCUGACAGUGACUGGCCAAGAUAUGUACGGUGCAUCAGGGGGACACAUUGCAACAGCCACUGUCACUAUCAACAUUCGGGAUGUGAAUGACAACCCCCCAACUUUGGAAAAAGAAGCAUAUGAAGGAGACAUUGAAGAGAACACAUCUGGUGUUGAGGUGAUGAGGAUCAAAGCACAGGAUCUGGACAUUGAUAUGGACAACUGGGAAGCUGUUUUUGAAAUCGUCCAAGGCAAUGAAGAUGGAUAUUUCAGCAUAAAAACUGAUCCCGUCACCAACGAGGGCAUCCUGUUUCUAGAAAAGCCUGUUGACUUUGAGGAUGUAAAAGACAUGAAUCUGGCGCUAGCAGUGAGGAACAAAGCUCCACUGGUUGAUGGAUCUGGUUCAGCUGGUGGAGCUAAUAUAGGUUUUGGAGGAGGAGCCGGUGGUGCCGGCGGUGCCGGUGGUGCCGGUGGGUCCAGCGGUGCCAGUGGGUCCAGCGGUGCCAGUGGCAGUGGUGCCACUGGUGCCAGUGGUGCCAGUGGUGCCAGUGGUGCCAGUGGUGCUAGCGGGGCUGGUGGUGCCUGGGGUAGCAAAUUUAAAACCUAUCCAAUAAAAAUCAAUGUAAAAAACCAACCAGAAGGACCACAUUUUGAACCCAAAGUCAAAUCUAUCCCCAUCAAGGAGGGAACACCCAUCGACGUGAAUAAAGUGAUUGCCAGAUAUCCUGCAAUCGAUAAAGAUACUGGGAAACCAGCAGAGGAUGUCAAAUAUUUAAAAGGCUCAGACCCUCAGAACUGGCUCAGCAUUGACCCCAAGACAGCUGAAAUCAAACUGAACAAGAUGCCUGACAGGGAAUCCCCAUUCCUGGUCAAUGGGAUGUACAUGGCUGAAAUACUCUGCAUUACCGAAGGAAUGCCAAGUAAAACAGCGACUGGCACGGUAGCCAUCCAGGUGGAGGAUCUCAAUGACCACUGCCCUGAGCUGACCAGUAACUUCAUGCCUGUGUGCAAAUCCAACAAGAGGAUCAUUGUUAAUGCCAAAGAUGAAGAUGCAUUUCCUAAUGGCCCACCUUUUAAGUUUUCCAUUCUCCCUGGGAGCACAACAGUAGAUUGGAAAAUGAUGCCUUAUAAUGAUACUGCAGUAGUUCUGACGACAUAUGAUGAUGUGCGGCCUGCCCACAGCGAUCUGAUGCUUGUGGUGGAAGACCAACAGAAACUCUCCUGUCCAAAACCACAAAAACUGACAGUCUUUUUCUGUGACUGUACGGAAAUAGAUGACUGUUCAAACAAAGAAACCAUUAAACGGAUUGGGUCAAAACCAGCAUUAGGACCUGCAGGCAUUGGACUUCUUUUUCUGGGAGUUUUGGCCAUACUACUUAUUCCCUUUUUGAUGAUACUGGUCCAGUGUGGGAAUCUGUCAGCCUAUAACGACAUGUUUGCUAAGAUGCCUUAUGAAACAAAACAACAUCUCAUUUCAUACAACACUGAGGGCCAAGGAGAACUAACGGAGAGUGCGUUCAAAAAUCUUCCUUUACAAAGUCAAAAAUCUGACGUUGACUUUGUACAAAUGGUACAAAGUUCAGGUUUUGGAAUGGAGCAGUCUGUUGCUUCCAUGUACCAAGGUGCUUCAAGUGAGUACAGAGACGGACUGUUGGGGAUGUCUCAUUGGGAGAAAAGUGGCUCUCACUUUGAGUCUGAAGGCAGACAGUCAAGAGGAGGAGCUGCAACAGAAUGUUUCAAUGACAUCUCAUUGCCAGACAGCUACCUGAGAGGAUACUACAACAACAAGCUUGCUAGUGGAGAUGAGAAGAUUGUGCAAAAAGAUCACAUGUUGGUGUUUGACUAUGAAGGCACUGGCUCCUCUGCUGGCUCCGUUGGCUGCUGCAGCAAUUUGCAACAAGACUAUGACCUGGAGUUCCUUGAUAAUCUUGGACCAAGCUUUAAAACACUUGCUGAGAUAUGUGGAGGUAAAAAAGUCCAAACUGAGACAACAAAGGUGGACACUCCUCUACCUAAUCCUUCUGUAAAUAACAUUCAAGUGUCAGUACCAAAGUUGGUGACAAGACAAGAGAUGUCCUUGCCAUCCAAAGUGCAGCCAGCUAAGUCCACAACUGAGCAGACUUUAAUCAGUAAAACUAGUAAAACAACUGAGCAUGCUAAAAUAAGGGAGAGCAAGGCCACAGUGAGGGAAGGGAUGACCUCAGUGCAAACAGGGAAGGCACAGAACCAGAUGCUAGUUGUAAACCAACAACAACCUGUCUAUUUCACCACUGCACCCAUGCUGCAGCCCAUACAAUAUGUUGUUCAGCAGCCACUUCAGAAUGCCAUGAUACUAGCUGAAACACCUGGCCCUAACAUUCAGCACAUGGUAAUGGUUAAUGGCACUGACUUUGGCUCUUCCCAGGGAGUUAUUGUUCAAGGCCAAACAAUGAUGCCUAGUGCCCAACCCCAGAGCCUUGGGGCAGUUCUGGUGGACAGCAAUGGGAUCCAAGGAACCACUGGCAACAUGGUCCACUCAGGAAACUUCUCUGGCGCCCAAAAUAUGAUGGUUGUUGAAGGCCAGGUCCCCGUAGGAACAGUGAAAGUAUUAAAUGGGAAUGAGGCUAGGCUCAUUCAAGGUGGUACAAUGCUAAAUGACCUGUCAGGAUGUCAGACAAUGCUGAAGAUUGGGGAGUCAAGCAGCAUAGGGCAGCAGCUUCAGGAUGGAAGAGGUGUCUUUCAAACAGCUGAAGUCGCUGGGGUUCAAAACCUUCAUGACCUCAGUGCUGGGGAGUCCAGUUGCUCUAAGAGUCGCACCUCUUCCAACACACUCAGUACAACCCGUACUAUUCAUAAAACUGUUGUGCAAUAGUCAGGAGAACUAAGAUAUAAUGCAUGUAAGGUGGUCAACAGACAAGUAGGGUAUGGUCUAUGGUGAUGGGAGCUCAUAUGUAAGGCAUAUGUUAAGGUCAAAAGCUCUGCAGUUAGUAUUUGAAUUGAUGCCCUUUAAAUUUAGCUAAAAUACCAUAAUCUUAACCUCUAAAUUUUCACUACCUAAAUUACGUAAUUGAUUGUAGUUAGAAGGUUCUGCCAUUGCACUCGACUUCUCCUAACCUAAAUUAAAUGGGACCAAUAGAGGUAUCUGUAUUGGUAAGGCCUCAUUCAAGGUGGUACAAUGCCUCUAAACCUUUACAUCUAUAAAAUCAAAAUCAAAAAUAAACCUUGGUCUUUUAAAUCUUGCACCAUUAUUGCAUAGCUAACAGUAACAGUGAUGGGAAUUCUCUUUUGUAUGAUGCUGAAAAUAAUGGCAACAGCAUAGACAAAAAGCCAAUCCCAUCUGGUUUAUCCCAACAUGUAGAGCACAUUAUAUUCAUUUGCUGCAAUUUUUGGCUUGUGUUUUUGUUUGUUAGCAUAAUGCUGUCUGGGACAUCUUAUCUGUCUACAAAUAUCCAUGCUGUGUUUCUGUAAACUGGUCCGGGGAUGAGAUAACUCUGUCUUACACACACACUCACACUUUUUUUCAUUAAGAACACUGAAUAUUUUGUCUGGUUUCAGAUUUAUGUUUAUUAAUCAGUACCAUUCUGUUAGUUGGUUAAAUUCUUUUUCUUAUUAAACAGUCUAAAUGCUAGAUUUAGGGGUGUUCUCUUGUGGUUAUAAUGUGUUUAUAAAUGUCGAGCUUUCAAAUAAAGAAAUAAAUGCUUGUCAUUCUGUAAACACUGGAUGCAGCAAAAGAACAAGUUUGAUAAUAAAAAUGGUUUACUGUUCAA